AUGCCACGUUUUGCCGCAGAGGGCCCGUUUGACGGUGACGUGGGCAGUUUGGCUUCUGGUACCCAUGUUGGCGAACAGAGCGGAUCAGAAAUAAGCAUGGACUUCAGCGACUUGUCCGACGAGGGUGGUGCAGGUGGUGACAGCGACUGCCAAGACACGCAUCCGAAUGCUGACAGCCCAGAUAUGCUGCACGUGGUGUUUGCUUCAGACGAAAACCAAGUGGAAGGUGUGCAAGCGAGCGUCGCCUCGGUUGUGUCUGCAACAGCAUCCCCAGAGGAGUUGACCAUCCACAUCAUUGUCCAAGCGCAGUCCCUCAACACCUUCAAGGAGCGGUUCGGAAUUCGUCCCGACUGCCAAGCGACGGUCAGUGUGACUGGUGUUUUGAUUAAAGUUCACUCAGUGCAGGGCCAACUGAUUGAAAAGGCAGUUGCCAAGGUGUCGUCAAACUUGCGCAAGGAGCGAGGGGCAAUUGACACGCCAGAAAACUUUGCGCGAUUCUAUAUGCACUUGAUUUUAGAACGGGCCGUCGUCAUUUACUUGGAUGCAGAUACUAUCGUGCAGGCUGAUUUGGCGGAGCUUCGAAAGCAACUAUUGGCCAGUGGAAAAACCAUCGGCUUUGUGGCGCGCGAAAACGAGGUCAGGAUGGACAAGUUUCUGAGAAAGCCCAAAGGUUGCAGCGCGCAGCUCGGGGCAAGCUGGAAGACAUUGAUGUCCCUCCAGGCGUAUAAUGUGGGGGUUUUUGCAGUCAACCUUCAGCGCUGGAAAGACCAGCAUGUGGUGGAGAGGGUGGAGGAGCUGGUCACACAGCACAACCGCUGCGGUGGCAAUCUUUGGGUUGGCGGCUCCCAGCCUCCUCUUCUGCUGGCCUUCCUCAAUCUCAAGCAGGGAGAGGAAAAGGACUACAUUGUCUUCCCGGCAGAGUGGAACUACGGAGACUUAGGUUGGCGAAAAACCAUGAGUGCUGCAAAACUUCAAACGAAGAAAGUGCUGCACUGGAAUGGCAACAAGAAGCCUUGGGACGAAGAUGGUCUUUACAAGGAAAUGUGGUUGCCGCAUCGCCAGCGCUUCGACUCCUUGCUAAAGCCGUACAGUGCCAACGAUGGAGGCUCCACACAAAAGCCAGAAGCAAAAGUGAAAGUUAAGAAGAAAAGUGGCCCAGCAAUCACAACAACCCUUAGCCCCGAAGAGCAAGCUGCCAGAGAAGCUUGUCCUUCGGUACGGUUGUUGGAUGACUGGAGCGAGGGGGCAGGUGCAAGCUGCAAGAUGGGCAAGUCCUACGGCUGUGUAGACACUCAGAAGGAAGGGAUGUACGCCAUGGCAGGUUGUGCAGGCCUGUUCAGUGUGUCUGGAAAGGCCACUGUUUGUGGCGUCGGACGCACCAAGUGCGAGCCUGGAGCAGUUCCAAAGAGCGCUGACUGCGGGCUCAUGGUUUUAACAAGUUAUUUCACAACCAAAAAAGAUUGGCAGCGUGGCAAAUAUGUGAAGCCCACGUUCUCUAAAGUUCAGAAGCUUUACCAGACUGCUGUGACGAAUGGACUCACUGUUAGCGUGUUGUAUGAUGAGUUGCCACAAGAUUUUCUUGAUGUGUACACCUCCGAGCGUUUCCGUUUUGUUCAAGUGAAUCUCACACAGUUUGACAAGAAGUAUGGCGUCAAUGAUGUACGCUAUUUCUUCUUCGAACGGUUGGUUCAACAAAACCGAGACUGGAAGUACAUCUUCAUCGUAGACGCGUUCGAUGUGAGAUCUGGAAUGAGCCCGUGCCCUGCUUUGCAGCCGGGCAAAAUCUAUGUGGGAGGUGAGCAAGACAGGCUGAAGAAGCAUCCCUGGAUGAAAGCUCGCUUCCAGAAGAUGGGUGGGAAGUACAACCAAUGGUACACCACAAAGGUUACUGACAAACUGAAGAUCCUCAACUGUGGCAUCACUGGUGGCCAGCGGGACGUGAUGCUGAAGCUUCUAUCCCGCAUGGUGCAGGUGCUUCAGGACCCAGCUCUUGCUAUACGGCAGAAGAAUGAGGACAUCAACUUGAACAUGGCAGCCCUGAAUUACAUUUUGUAUGUCGAGUUCGAUGGAAAGUUCCAAUACGGACCGCCUGUGCAUUCGGCAUACAAACGGUUUGAGAACAAGCGGAAAGACGUUUGGUGGGUGCACAAAUGA